AUGUUGUCAAGGAAAGCUACUUGCAAAUCUCACGGCCAAGAUUCUUCUUAUUUUUUGGGAUGGCAGGAGUACGAGAAAAACCCACAUGACGAUGUUCUUAAUCCUUCUGGGAUCAUUCAGAUGGGCUUAGCCGAAAACCAGCUAUCAUUCGACCUUCUUGAAUCAUGGUUGGCCAAAAAUCCAGAAGCAACAAUGUUUGCCAAGAACAACGUAAAUGGAGGAUCGAUCUUCCGAGAACUAGCCCUUUUCCAAGAUUAUCAUGGAUUGCAAAUUUUCAAGAAUGAACUAGUAGAGUACAUGUCUGAAAUAAGACAAAAUAAAGUAAGAUUUGACCCCAAAAAGCUGGUACUCACAGCUGGUUCAACUUCCGCAAAUGAGACACUCAUGUUUUGCUUAGCUGAACCCGGCGAAGCUUUCCUCAUCCCUACUCCAUACUAUCCAGGGUUUGAUAGAGACCUGAAAUGGCGAACUGGGGUUGAAAUUGUUCCGAUUCACUGCUCAAGUUCAAAUGGCUUCAGAAUCACCAAUUCCGCCAUAGAAAAUGCUUAUGAAGAAGCCCUUAACCUUAAUCUAAAAGUCAAAGGCAUUUUUAUUACCAACCCUUCCAAUCCACUAGGUACUACCAUGAAUCAAAAGGAAUUCAACAUUCUCAUUAGAUUUGCUAUGCUCAAAAAACUCCAUAUAGUCAGUGAUGAAAUUUAUGCUGGAACUGUUUUUCAUCCCAAAAAAUUCAUCAGCAUAAUACAAGCCAUAAAAACCCUCAAAUUGGAAAAUAGUGACAUUUGGACCCGAUUUCAUAUUGUUUCCAGUCUCUCGAAAGAUUUAGGCCUUCCCGGAUUCCGAAUCGGAUUAAUCUAUUCCAAUGAUGAAACACUCAUAGCUGCAGCCACUAAAAUGUCCAGUUUCGGACUAAUUUCUUCCCAGACGCAAUAUUUACUCUCCAAACUUCUUGGAGACAAAAAAUUCACGAAAAUUUACGUAAGGGAAAAUCGAAAGAGAUUGGAGAAGCGACAGAAGAUGUUGGUUUUGGGGCUCAAAGAAUUUGGGAUUCAGUGCUUAAAGAGCAAUGCUGGAUUGUUUUGUUGGAUAGACAUGAGAAACUUACUUGAUUCUGAUACGUUUGAAGCUGAGCUAAAGCUUUGGAAGAAGAUUCUUUACGAAGUCGGUUUGAAUAUAUGUCCUGGAUCCUCUUGUCACUGCUCUCAGCCCGGUUGGUUCCGGGUUUGUUUUGCAAACAUGUCUGAAGAAACAUUAAACCUUUCAAUUCAUCGGAUGAGGGCGUUCGUGUAUUCCAUUGGACACAAUCAAGCCUACACAUCAAACGUGAAUUUGAUGAAUUAG